CCAGCGCAGUUUGGACCCCGUGGGACCAAGUCUGCACUUUGAAAGGUCCUUUUACUCAAGUUUUGAAACUGGAUUUGCCCCAAGGGAAGGGGUAGAGUGGCAACCGCACCCAGUUCUCAAAAACAGACGUGGAAAGGAAAACGUAGAUCUAAGCCAAAGCAUUAAAAAACAGGACUAGGACCAGCCACCAACUAUUCCGUGCGCUCAGGGCGGUUUAUUUGUCCCGAGCGCCUGCCGCUUAGUGCGCCUGCGCGCGCGCAAGCCGAGGCCCCGCCCCUCCGCCGGGCACGUACGACGUGCGCCGUGGAGGCGGGACGCGGGCUGCGCAGGCGCCCUCGUUGCGUCAGCCUCUUGCUCCGCGCUGGCAGCUGCGGCCCCGGAGAGGGCCGGGUUCGCGGGGGUGCCUCCCGAGGGCCUUCGGUGCCACGAGUCCGGAGACGGAGCAAGGAAGGGCUAGAGGGGCGACCCCCUUCGGUUCUCGUGUGGUCGGUGAGCCCCCGCCAAGGCCAUGAAGCUCGUGAGGAAGGACAUUGAGAAGGACAACGCGGGCCAGGUGACCCUGGUCCCCGAGGAGCCCGAGGACAUGUGGCACACGUACAACCUAGUGCAGGUGGGCGACAGCUUGCGCGCCUCCACCAUCCGCAAGGUGCAGACCGAGUCCUCCACGGGCAGCGUGGGCAGCAACCGGGUGCGCACCACCCUCACUCUGUGCGUGGAGGCCAUCGACUUCGACUCCCAAGCCUGCCAGCUGCGGGUCAAGGGGACCAACAUCCAAGAGAACGAGUACGUCAAGAUGGGGGCUUACCACACCAUCGAGCUGGAGCCCAACCGCCAGUUCACCCUGGCCAAGAAGCAGUGGGACAGCGUGGUUCUGGAGCGCAUCGAGCAGGCCUGCGACCCUGCCUGGAGCGCUGAUGUGGCGGCCGUGGUCAUGCAGGAAGGCCUCGCCCACAUCUGCUUAGUCACUCCCAGCAUGACCCUCACCCGGGCCAAGGUGGAGGUGAACAUCCCCAGGAAGAGGAAAGGCAACUGCUCGCAGCACGACCGGGCCUUGGAGCGGUUCUACGAGCAGGUGGUGCAGGCCAUCCAGCGCCACAUACACUUUGACGUCGUCAAGUGCAUCCUGGUGGCCAGCCCGGGGUUCGUGAGGGAGCAAUUCUGCGACUACAUGUUUCAGCAAGCAGUGAAGACUGACAACAAAGUGCUCCUCGAAAACCGGUCCAAAUUCCUUCAGGUACAUGCCUCCUCUGGACACAAGUACUCCUUGAAAGAGGCCCUUUGUGACCCUACCGUAGCCAGCCGCCUUUCAGACACUAAAGCUGCUGGGGAAGUAAAAGCCCUGGAUGACUUUUAUAAAAUGUUACAGCACGAACCUGACCGAGCCUUCUAUGGACUCAAGCAGGUGGAGAAGGCCAACGAAGCCAUGGCAAUCGACACGUUGCUCAUCAGCGAUGAGCUCUUCAGGCACCAGGAUGUAGCCACGCGGAGCCGGUAUGUGAAGCUGGUGGACAGUGUGAAGGAGAACGCAGGCACGGUCAGGAUAUUCUCCAGUCUUCAUGUGUCUGGGGAGCAGCUCAGCCAGCUGACUGGAGUAGCGGCCAUUCUUCGCUUCCCUGUGGCUGAGCUCUCCGACCAAGAGGAUAACUCCAGUUCUGAAGAGGAUUGAUGAGUGAGACUUGGAAUUAAGACACCCUCUGUCUCACUCUGCCACUGUUAGGUUUCCUUAGCAUCCUUGUGACAGCUGCAAGAGGGACACUUUUUGAUUCAUUCAGGAAUUUCUCUUGUGUUUGGUUGCACUGGGUGUUUUAUGGUCAGCAGGACAUGUAUUCAGACUAAAUAAUAAACUAAAAGGAAAUAA